AUGGCUCCCUCCACCAAUUUCUCCAAACCUCCCCUCCGCUCCGCCAGCACCAGCAGCAACGGCCACGGCCACCACCGCCCAGCUCACCCGUCCCGCCAAAACACCACCGCCAGCUCCACAACCACCCGCACCAGCUUUGCCGCCGACAUCCCGACACCCAGCCGCCACAACAGCAGCAGCCGCAACAACAACAACAACGACGUCCAGCACCACUACCACUACCAAUACCCGCCCCAAAACCACUACCCUCAACCGCCACCCCAACCCCAACAGUACCCACAACGGCAACCCUCACAACAACAAUACCCACAACGGCAACCCUCCCAGCAACUCCCCCGCCGCAAACCCGUCCCCACCCGCGCCGCAUCCACCCUCUCCCGCCCCACCCUCUCGCGCGCCCCCACCACGCAAACCGCCUACAUCGACCUCCUCGUCCGCCUCGACGAGAUCCCGCGCUGGCACAACGUCGUCUGCGCCUUCUGCACCUGGCUCCUCCUCGCCGGCUACCUCGUCUUCCCCGCGACUUUCACAAAGGUGCAGGAGCGGGUCGAGACGAAGAUCGGGGGGGAUGGCGAUGGCGGCGGCGAUGUGGUUGAGGUUUUCGUGGCGGGCGCGGUCAAGAAUGUGGGGUUGUUGUGGGUGGCGGGGGCGUGUUGCGUGCUGGGUGGGGUGGGGCUGGCGUGGCUGUGGGUGCGGUGGUGGUGGCAUUGGAUUUGGUUGGUUAAUAGGGUGUUUUUACCCGGCACGACGAACUCCAUCGCCGGCCUCAUCUCCACCCUCGUCAACAUCUACUCGGCCCAGGACGGCAAGAUCAGCAUCACGGCCAAGGUGACCGUCGGCGUCACGGCCGGCUGCACCCUGGUCUUCGGCACGCUGUUCGUCGUCCACCAGCUGCUGCUCAUGCGCGUGAAGAAGAAGCACGAGCGCCAGAUCAGGGAUGACGAAAAGCGCGAGAGGCGGAUGAACGGGGAGGAAGUGGAAGACCCCGGCGCCUUCGGGAAGUUGAGGAGGAAGGCGCAGGAGCCGAGCGCCAUGCCGGGGAGUGUUGUUUGA